AGCAGUCCAGUUUUCCGGUUGAUAUAACGUGUAGGAAAAUAUAGCGAGGUUCAGGAAAAAUGUGCGAGAGUAUUCGUAAAUAGGUUUAGCCAGAGCCAGUGGCAAGUGGUCGAGAUGAAGGACAGGAGGUAAAUGAUAGUGGGUGAUAAAACAGUAGCUACCUGCUCCUGAGUUUUCGUUACCUGUCAGCCUUAUUCGUCACUCACCUUUGAGGCCAUCUGGACGCCAUGAAGGUCUCGGUGAUAUUAUGGAUCUGGCCACUGGCUGUGACAUUCAUAGUAGGAGUGACCGGGGGAGGCGAACGACUCUUAAACAUCGGUGGCAUUUUCCCUAUCAUGGGCUCCGGAGGAUGGCAGGGAGGGCAGGCUUGCCAACCGGCUGCCAUGUUGGCGUUAGAAGACGUCAACAAGCGACCCGACCUCCUUCCUGGAUAUAAAUUACAUCUGGCCUGGAACGACUCUCUGUGCGAACCCGGCCUAGGAGCAGCUGUCAUGUACGACCUAUUGUACAAUCCUCCCACUAAACUCAUGCUUCUCGGAGGAUGCUCCACUGUGUGCACGACCAUCGCAGAAGCAGCCAAGAUGUGGAACCUUGUUGUGCUGUCGUAUGGGUCUAGUUCACCUGCUCUGGCUGACCGAAACCGCUUCCCGACCUUCUUCCGAACGCACCCCUCAGCCACCGUUCACAAUCCGACACGAAUUAAAGUGAUGCAGAAAUAUGGUUGGUCCCGCGUUGCUAUUAUACAGCAGGCAGAGGAAGUCUUCAUUUCGACGGUGGAAGACCUCGAAGUCCGGUGCAAGGAGGCGGGAAUAGAGAUCGUGACUCGUCAGAGCUUCCUGACGGAUCCCACUGACGCCGUCAGAAACCUUAAACGUCAGGAUGCCAGAAUUAUCGUCGGCCUCUUCUACGUGGUGGCUGCUAGGCGCGUCUUGUGCGAGAUCUACAAGAACAAUCUUUACGGAAAGAGCUACGUCUGGUUCUUCAUUGGAUGGUACGAAGACGGCUGGUACGAGCAACACCUGGAGGAGGAAGGACUCAACUGCUCUCGGCAGGAGAUGCGGCAGGCAGCCGAAGGACACCUCACGACAGAGGCUCUCAUGUGGAACAAAGAUAAAGAGAAGACUAUUUCCGGCAUGACUGCAGGAGACUUCCGCCUUAGGCUUAAUCAGGCCUUGAUCGACCAAGGUUACGAAAACCAAAGUACACCUGUAGGAUACCAGGAAGCACCUCUGGCAUACGACGCCAUCUGGAGCGUGGCUCUGGCACUGAACAAGACGAUGGAAACGCUGAAAGCUAGAGGGAGGUCUAUAGAAGAGUUUACUUAUACGAAUAAAUACAUAGCGGACGAGCUCUAUAAGGCCAUGAACGCCACCCAGUUCCUUGGUGUUUCUGGUCGAGUGGCUUUUAGCACAGACGGUGACAGAAUCGCCUGGACGCAGGUCGAACAGAUGAUCGAGGGUCGAUACACCAAGCUGGGCUAUUUCGACGUUCAGACAGAUAAUCUGACUUGGUUUAAUAAGGAGCAAUGGAUAGCCGGGAAGGUUCCUCAAGACCGCACCAUAGUCAGACGCCAGCUGCGCACUGUAUCUCUGGGACUCUUCAUAAGCAUGUGCACUAUAAGUGCUGUUGGAACCAUAUGGGCCCUCUUUCUGCUCAUCUUUACCUUCAUUCACAGACACCGAAGAUCCAUUAAUCUUGCCCACCCUACCUGUAAUAACAUCACUCUGGUGGGCAUCAUCGUCUGCCUGAGCUCCAUAGUUCUCCUGGGACUCGAUGGCCAGUUCGUGAGCGAGGAGCAGUUUCCCGCCAUUUGCGGACUCCGAGCCUGGUGUUUGUCACUCGGGUUCACUCUGGCUUACGGCGCCAUGUUUUCGAAGAUUUGGCGCGUGCACAGACUCACGACCAAAACCAAGAUCGAAAACAAGGUACGGAAGCGUGUUGAGCCCUGGAAACUCUACGUCAUGGUGGGAAGUUUCGUUGUCGUGGACAUCAUAGUUCUCAGCGUGUGGCAGGGAGUGGAUCCAUUGCAGAGGACCCUCGAAGUGUUCCCCCUGGAGGUUCCGGAGGACACCGUGGAGGACAUCAAAAUCAAACCUGAGCUGGAACACUGUGAGAGUAAACAUAAUACCCUCUGGCUAGGUCUUCUUUAUGGAUACAAGGGCCUUCUGUUGAUUUUCGGGCUUUUCCUGGCUUAUGAAACUCGGAGCGUUAAGCUUAAGCAAAUCAACGAUUCCAGGCUGGUUGGAAUGAGCAUUUACAAUGUGGUAGUGUUGUGUCUCAUCACAGCGCCGGUCACUUUGGUCAUCUCGGCUCAACAAGACGCUGCGUUCGCUUUCGUUUCAUUGGCGAUCAUCUUCUGUUGCUUCCUCUCCAUGGCCCUCGUCUUCGUCCCAAAGAUCGUGGAAGUUGUCCGCCAUCCCGGAGAACGCGUCGAGUCUACAGGUGACAACGCUCCAAGCAAAGAAGAAGAAGAACGUUAUCAGAAACUGAUGCAGGAAAACGAAGAUAUGCAGCGUCUGAUAGCAGAGAAAGAAGAGAAGAUCCGUCUCCUGAAACUGAAACUUCAAGAGCGAGCCGCCAUCAGAGCACGAGAACAAGCAUCCGAAAAUCACGUCCUGACCGGGGAGGAACCAAUACAGAUGCGCCUCAGGCCAGGAGAGCGCUGUCAGGAGACCUCUUUCCACGAAGAGCGUCCGCCACUCAGGAGAGACCCAGGCUACCCGAGUUGCACAGCUGUGGCGUGCUGAAGGAACGAAGACCCUUUCAACGAUAUGCGGAUGCCGGCUAUUCUGACUUGUCAGGCUGCUAUCAAUAAUCAAAACGUCAAAAGUUGUGAUGUCUCCAUGUAAUUGAAAAGACAAAAGUCGCGGUGGUUCCGUCGACUUCUAGAAUUACCGAUUGCGACCUAAUAACGAAAGUUCUAUCGGCUCUGGUGGAUGCUUGUGGGACUACUGUGCUACCCUAGCAUCGAAGUCGUACAAGUUGUAGGUGUUUGUAGGAUAUCUGAUAGCAACCUAACAAGAGGUCCUGCUGGUUCCAAGUCAUGUAAGAUUUCUGCUAGUGAUAUUAUACCGAAGUCCCGCUGGUUCACGACACUACUAUAGGCUACUACCAGUGACCAAAAGAGCAAAGUUGAACCUGCAGCUUUGCGGGACUGAUAUAUUUUGAUAAACCAACAAUUAACAAGUUAAACCUGAAGUUUUUUUUAUAGGUAAAGCACACUUAGUCCGAUGAAAAAAGUUUCCUUUACUUUUGAACAUUAUUAAAUAUAAUCCCUAUAGAUCAACAAGGCCCGAUCUCUAUAAAAAAAAUGAACGAUAUAACCAUGUCCUCGGAGGAACCAGUGUAGCAGUUGAAUUUCUUGGCUCCUUAAACUAGGUCUGGCGAAGCAAAUGGAAGUCUUUAAUUCACGAAGGUUGGGGUUCACCUUGAAAAAGUCUAAUGGAUCAGGGUAAUCUGUUAUAGACCCUUGAAAAGAAAGAUGAACAAGUGUUACUAUUGGGUUGUUUCAAAUUUCCUAGACAGCAGAACGAGAGGAUGAAGAAUUUCACAUGUGUCAUUACAGUUUUUUUUUUUUUUUUUAAGCCAGCAAUAAAGAACCUCGAGUCAGUUAAGAAUCCAAACAACUGUUGAAAAUUAUGACUUCAAAGACUGUAGCUACAUGAAAUCGAAUCCAGGUAGAAAGUCACAGGUAAAAAGUAACGGAAAAAAAUGUCACAUUAAUCUUUCCUAUAUAGUGAUCCCGAAGGGUUUCAACCCGGUAUAUAUCCUCUUUUGCUGCGUAUUUAGGUCACGCUCGUUGGGGAUUACCGUAAAAACAAACAAACGACUGUAAAUCAAUGUGGUUUUUUCCCCUGUGACCUUUUCUUAGCCAAAAUUGUGACUUUUUCUGUGACUUUUUUUUCCUCUUGACUAUUACCGGCCACCAUGAAAUCAUACCGCAUUUCUGUAUCUUGAAAAAGUAGGCUUUAAUAAUGCCUGUGAUUUACUGUAUGUUAAAAGAUUAUAUUCUCUAUGAAAUAACUGUUAUUUUUGACGGUCUCUGAUAUAUAAAUAUAAAUGUAAGACACGUAGACAGGGAAGCCUUAAUUAUGAUGAAGUAGAUUACCUUUAUUCUGUAUUUCAUUAAAUGUUUAAAACAU